AUGGUAUUUGUCAGUGGCGAGAAGAAAGCGCUGCCUCAUGACGAGGUUAAGGAUGGCCUGCGACUGCAUAAACUCGCUCAUAAUGAUGCAGACAACCAGCGAAUGAAUGAGCUUAGGGCUACAGCGGAUCCGCAUUGUAGACCGUCGGCGAGCGCGAUAGGAAAAUACAGCCAGUGGCCUACGAUCCAUGUUCUGCAAUCUGCGUGA